AUGGCCGACAAGUUCGUCACCGCCCACGUCGGGGCUAAGAAGGCAGAGGCCAGAGUGAAUGAUAUAUUUGCCAUUAGAAGGGAUAGCGGUGGUAGCUUUCCAAAAUGGAUUGAACAUGAAUGGGCUGAGAGCGACCAUAAAGUUAUUAAGCCGGCUCAUGAAAUACCCUCCCACCACUUGGGAAGAAAUUUACAACGCCUAUUACCCCAAGAAAUAGUGUAUGCACUAGAGAAGCUUGGCACAAAGAUGAAGUGGCCACAAAAAAUGAAGUCCGACCCAAGUACCCGAAAGUCGAACGUCCUCUAUAAAUUUCACCAAGAGCGGGGACACAAAACCGAAGACUGCAUAGCCCUACGGCAAGAAGUAGUGAACAUGCUUCACCAAGGGCACCUGACAAAGCUAAUGAGCGAUCGAGGACGAGCCAACUUUGGCCGCGGACGAGAACAACACCAAGGCCCUCCAAAGCCACCCUCCCCCGCCCGUGCCAUCCAAAUGAUCAUUAGUAGGGGCGAUGAAGCAGUAAUCAACCAUGUGAAAUUUACCACCACAGAUAAACUGAAGCGGUCGAUCACCCACGAAUGGUAUGAUUACCUCGAAGACAGUAUCAUCUUCGAUAAGUUAGAUACCCACGAUUUGUCUUUUCCUCACUUCGAUGCUCUUGUCACUACUUUACGUAUUUCGGAUACUGAUGUAAAAAGAAUAAUUGUAGAGGAAGCGGCGCAUGUAUUAUCCACCCUCGAGUUCUCACACAGAUGA